AUGGGUAUGUCAUUACAAAAGUUGUCGAUAAUAGCAAAACAACGUGACGAUGUAAGGAGAGCAACAUUUAGACGAGCCAUUGCAAUGUUCAGUCGUCACCAGUUCCUCUUCAUUGAUGAAUCCUCAAAGGAUGACAGAACAUUUGUGAGAAAGUACGGUCACAAUUUGAAAGGUACACGUUGUUCAAAAAGGGAUAAUUUUACCCGUGGUACCAGAUUCAGUGUGCUUGCAGCCUUAUCUAUUACUGGUAUCGAGGCUGCUCAUACAAUAGUUGGUGCAUACACUCAAGAGUUGUUUGAAUUUGCUAUGGUAAACUUUGUCAUUCCAAAAGUUGGCUCAUUUGCAAAACAUGAAAAAUGUUCCAUUAUAAUUAUGGAUAAUUGUAACAUUCAUUUUUCUGAGAGAGUGUUCAACCAAAUAAGGGAAAAAGGAGGAAUCGUUAUGUUUUUGCCGUAA